UGACAAAACAAAGGCCAUAUUAAAGUCCAUCUGAAACAAACAGUAGUCACAGUAAAUACUAAACAUCCUUAAUUAGCCACCUUAAACAUCACUUAAACACAUUAUCAGUAAAGAAAACUACUCCUCAAAAUUACCACUUCGUACCCGUUAGCCGCAGGUAACACCAACAAAAAGAUUCUCAUCUUCAAGUUCAGGAUUUUAGAUCUCUAUCUUCUCUUAACUGCAUUCUUGUCACUUCCUUUUUUAGUAACCACUUCAAUCUCCGAGUUAACUCACUCUCUUUGUCUGCAAUCUCCGAUCCCAAAGCAAGAACAACAAUGCCGGGUCUUGUCUCGGUGAAAACGCCACCAGAUGCGCCGCCACUACGAGUCUCUGUUCCCGAGAUCCACUCACUAACUCAAACCCAAACCCCACCCCAAACCCGACCCGAAUCCUCCAUAACAAGAACACCAACACCCAACAAUAAGAAACCACCGUCUCCAUCGCCCCGAUCUAAACCAUCGCCCACCCGCUCAGCUAAAAAACCCCAACCCGACUCACCAAACCCACUUCUCCAAGCGGACGCAUCUCUCGACAACCCGGAUCUCGGCCCGUUUCUACUGAAACUAGCACGGGACACUAUAGCCUCCGGUGAAGGGCCAAGUAAAGCGUUAGAUUAUGCAAUUAGAGCAUCGAAAUCUUUUGAAAGAUGCGCUGUUGAAGGAGAGCCGAGUUUGGAUCUUGUGAUGAGUUUACAUGUUUUAGCUGCUAUUUAUUGCAGUUUGGGGCGGUUUGAUGAGGCGGUUCCUGUUCUUGAACGGGCCAUUACUGUGCCUGAUUUGAGUAGAGGUAUGGAUCAUGCACUGGCUGCUUUUUCUGGGCACAUGCAGUUGGGUGAUACUUAUUCAAUGCUUGGUCAAGUUGAUAAAUCUAUUGGGUGCUAUGAGGAUGGGCUUAAGAUUCAGAUUGAGGCUUUGGGUGAGACUGAUCCUAGAGUUGGAGAAACUUGCAGGUAUUUAGCUGAGGCUCAUGUUCAAGCCAUGAACUUUGAUAAAGCAGAAGAGUUGUCCAAGAAGACUCUUGAAAUUCAUCGAGCGCAUAGUGAACCGGCAUCUAUUGAAGAGGCAGCUGAUCGCAGACUUAUGGCCCUCAUAUGCGAGGCAAAAGGAGACUAUGAAUCAUCACUUGAGCACCUUGUUCUUGCCAGCAUGGCCAUGAUUGCAAAUGGACAGGACAAUGAGGUUGCUUCUAUCGACAUCAGCAUUGGAAAUAUAUACAUGUCUCUAUGCCGUUUUGAUGAGGCUGUCUUUUCUUACCAAAAGGCGCUCACCGUCUUUAAGUCAUCAAAGGGUGACAACCACCCUUCUGUUGCCUCUGUGUUUGUUCGGCUUGCUGACCUAUAUAAUAGGACUGGAAAGCUCAGAGAAUCAAAGUCUUAUUGUGAAAAUGCUCUCAGAAUAUAUGCUAAACCCGUGCCUGGAACCACAGCAGAAGAAAUUGCCGGUGGGUUGACUGAGAUUUCAGCCAUUUAUGAAUCUGUCGAUGAGCCAGAGGAAGCUUUAAAGCUCUUGCAGAGGGCAAUGAAAUUACUGGAGGACAAACCAGGACAGCAAAGCACCAUUGCAGGAAUAGAAGCACGAAUGGGAGUGAUGUUUUACAUGGUUGGUAGAUAUGAAGAAGCAAGAAACUCUUUCGAGAGUGCUGUAACUAAACUUAGAAGCAGCGGGGAGAGGAAAUCAGCCUUCUUUGGUGUUUUGCUGAACCAGAUGGGCUUGGCUUGUGUACAGCUCUUCAAGAUAGAUGAGGCUGCCGAGUUGUUUGAAGAAGCAAGAACAAUUCUGGAGCAGGAGUGUGGCCCUUGUAAUCAAGAUACCCUUGGAGUUUAUAGCAAUCUUGCUGCAACCUAUGAUGCCAUGGGGAGGGUUGAUGAUGCAAUUGAGAUACUGGAGUAUGUUCUUAAAUUAAGAGAGGAGAAGCUCGGGAUUGCAAAUCCUGAUUUUGAAGACGAAAAGAAGAGGCUUGGUGAGCUUCUCAAAGAAGCAGGCAAAUCUCGUAGCAAAAAGGCAAAAUCACUGGAAAAUCUUAUCGAUAACAACUCGAAGAGGACGAAGAAAGAGUCGACGAAGAGGUGGCCUGGCCUUGGUUUUAGAAUUUGAAAAUAUUUAACCAUCCAUUUUUAUCCACACGUGCACAUUCUGUAACAUAUAGAAGAUCAUGUAUAGUGUCACUAUUGUUGUAAUCUUGUGGGUUUUCUUUUUCCUAUUUCUUGAGCUUGAAAAUCUGUUUUGUUUGCUGCAUUUAAUUGUUUUAACUGAUUGUGUUGUUAUCCGGAAAGAAUAAUAUUGUUCAUUUUUUCAA